UUGGUCCGAACAGGAGACACUUCUUUUGCUCGAGGGUCUGGAAAUGUACAAGGAUGAUUGGAACAAGGUGUGCGAGCAUGUUGGAUCGCGUACCCAGGACGAGUGUAUUCUGCAUUUCCUGAAACUUUCGAUAGAGGAUCCCUAUCUGGAGGAUGAUAAUACGUAUCUGGGACCGUUGUCCUACCAGCCGAUUCCGUUCAGUAAGGCUGGCAAUCCGAUUAUGUCGACGGUUGCGUUCCUGGCUUCGGUAGUAGAUCCGAGGAUUUCUGCCAGCACUGCCAAGGCUGCAAUGGAAGAGUUUGCCGCUAUUAAGGACGAAGUCCCCGCUACGAUGAUGGAUGCCCAUCUGAAAAAUGUGGAAAAGUUCAGCUUCGGAGGAAAGUUUGAUCCGUACGUUGGGUUGGCAACAAGCGGCAUUGCCGGUACUGGUCCUUACAAGGAUAAGGAAGAUGAAGAGAGCAAAGUCCCGGGUGCUCCAGCUACUCCGGGAUCCACUGAUGUCGAGAUGAAGGAUGGUUCCAAGAAGGACGACGGUAAGAUAGCCUUUAUGCUGGAGCGCCAUACUGCCGCUGGUUGAAGAGAGGAAAUUCAAGAGCUUGGUUGCUCUGCUGGUCGAAACACAGAUGAAGAAACUGGAGAUCAAGCUACGACACUUUGAAGAGCUCGAAACAACGAUGGAGCGAGAGCGGGAAGGUUUGGGAUACCAGCGACAGCAGUUGAUACAAGAACGGUUGCAGUUCCAUUUGGAACAGCUGAAGGCAACGGAGUUCCGUGCUCGACAACAGGCUCAUCAGCGAUUCCAGCUGGAACAAGGUCAAUGGCAGCAGCCUGCGAUAGGUGGUGCUCCAGCAGCUGGCGUUACUCCUCCUCAG